AUGAUGCUUAGAAUACAUGUGGCAGCCUGUAGGUCGAUCUGCAAUCCAGUUCGCUGGAUUCUGCGCCAGCCUCGUGCUUUGAUUUUGCUGAAAGCUCAGGUAACUAGGCCUUCUUUGGCCCAGAAUGGGUUUUGGCAAAGCUAUAGGUUCCAGAGCUCGGGGCCGGUGAAAAAUAGCCCUCAGGAGCCAGAAAUUCCUCAAAGGGGUGUGAAAAUUGAGACUAGGUCCGAAAUUAAGCCAAUUGAGCCUGUUUCUGUUUCCGAAACUGCAAAACUCGCAGACUUGCUGAAGGACAUCUAUACGGUGCCAAAUAUCCUCACAAUGACUCGCAUUGCGUCGACUCCUUUUAUCGGAUACUUUAUCGCUUCUGGCCACUCCACUGCCGCAAUCUCUUUGUUCACAUACCUGUGUAUCACUGACUUUGUGGACGGAUACAUCGCUCGUCGCUACAAUCUCAAAUCGGUGCUUGGGUCGAUCUUGGAUCCCUUGGCAGAUAAAUUCUUGAUGACAACUUGUACAGUGGCGUUGUACAUUGGAGGCGGCAUGCCUCUCUAUGCUGCUAGCAUCAUCAUUGGCCGAGAUGUGAUGUUGAGCUUCAUGGCAUUUUACAUGCGCUACAAAUCUCUUCCGGCCCCAAGAACGGUUCAGCGGUAUUUCGAUCCGAAAGUCACCACUCAUACUGUGCUUCCAAAUACGCUCGGAAAGGUCAACACUGCCCUCCAGAUGUUUUACAUUGGAGGACUAGUUCUUCUUCCAGGACUCGAACAGCUACUGACACUUCCAUUCGACACUAUCUUCAGCUGGUAUGGAAUGGUUGUCGCCGGAACCACGUUGGCCAGUGGAGCAAGCUACUUGUUUUCGAGAGGCUCGGCCAAGAUCCCAGUGAAGUGA